UUCAGAGAGUUAGCAUUAAGGCUGGGAAAAAAUGGCAAGCGCGCCCGCGACCCGCGCGCGAUUUCCCGCCGCGCCCGCGUCCCGGGCGGCGGGCGAGCUCCGGGGGCGCCGGGGCCGCGGCGGCGGGGACGGCGGCGGCGGCGGCGGCGGCGGCGGCGCGAGCGGCGCCUCCGGGCCGGUGAAUCAUCCCUGCAGACACCGAGAGCCGCGGCAGCAGAGAGCAGCGCCGGAAAAAUGGCUGAAGCGGGCACGGGCUUUCUGGAGCAGCUCAAGUCCUGUAUAGUUUGGUCUUGGACUUAUCUCUGGACCGUAUGGUUCUUCAUCGUCCUCUUCCUGGUCUACAUCCUGCGGGUGCCCUUGAAAAUCAACGACAAUUUGAGCACAGUGAGCAUGUUUUUGAACACAUUAACACCGAAGUUCUACGUGGCCCUGACAGGCACUUCCUCACUCAUAUCAGGGCUUAUUUUGAUAUUUGAAUGGUGGUAUUUUCGCAAGUAUGGAACAUCAUUCAUUGAACAAGUCUCAGUAAGCCACUUGCGCCCCCUUCUGGGAGGGGUUGACAACAACUCCUCCAAUAAUUCUAACUCCAGUAAUGGGGACUCAGAUUCCAACAGGCAAAGCGUCUCAGAAUGCAAAGUAUGGCGAAAUCCACUAAAUUUAUUUAGGGGUGCUGAAUAUAAUCGGUACACUUGGGUGACUGGACGAGAGCCUCUGACUUACUAUGACAUGAACCUCUCUGCCCAGGACCACCAGACAUUCUUUACUUGUGACUCGGACCAUCUGCGUCCUGCAGAUGCAAUAAUGCAGAAAGCCUGGAGAGAGAGAAACCCCCAAGCUAGGAUUUCUGCAGCCCAUGAAGCCUUAGAGAUAAAUGAAAUUAGGUCCAGAGUUGAAGUUCCCCUAAUUGCUUCCUCUACCAUCUGGGAGAUAAAAUUAUUACCAAAGUGUGCAACUGCUUAUAUUCUCUUGGCUGAAGAAGAAGCAACAACCAUUGCUGAAGCAGAAAAGCUGUUUAAGCAGGCCCUGAAAGCUGGAGACGGCUGUUACCGGCGUUCUCAGCAGCUACAGCAUCAUGGAUCCCAGUAUGAAGCCCAACAUAGACGAGACACCAAUGUCUUGGUCUACAUCAAAAGAAGGCUAGCAAUGUGUGCCAGAAGACUCGGGAGGACCAGAGAAGCAGUGAAAAUGAUGAGAGAUUUAAUGAAGGAGUUCCCUCUCCUGAGCAUGUUCAACAUCCAUGAAAACCUUUUAGAAGCCCUUCUGGAACUACAAGCAUAUGCUGAUGUUCAGGCAGUCUUAGCAAAGUAUGAUGAUAUAAGCUUACCAAAGUCGGCAACAAUAUGCUACACAGCGGCCUUGCUCAAAGCAAGAGCUGUCUCUGACAAAUUCUCUCCCGAGGCUGCAUCUCGGCGGGGGCUGAGCACAGCAGAGAUGAAUGCAGUAGAGGCCAUUCAUAGAGCUGUGGAAUUCAAUCCUCAUGUGCCAAAAUACCUGCUAGAAAUGAAAAGCUUAAUCCUGCCCCCAGAACAUAUCCUGAAGAGAGGGGACAGUGAAGCGAUAGCAUAUGCGUUCUUUCACCUGGCACACUGGAAGAGGGUAGAAGGGGCUUUGAAUCUUCUGCAUUGUACGUGGGAAGGCACUUUUCGGAUGAUCCCUUAUCCCUUGGAAAAGGGGCAUCUAUUUUAUCCUUAUCCCAUCUGUACAGAAACAGCAGAUCGUGAGCUGCUUCCAUCUUUCCAUGAAGUCUCAGUUUACCCAAAAAAGGAGCUUCCCUUCUUUAUCCUCUUUACUGCUGGAUUGUGUUCCUUCACAGCCAUGCUGGCCCUCCUGACACAUCAGUUCCCGGAACUCAUGGGGGUCUUUGCAAAAGCUAUGAUUGACAUUUUCUGCUCGGCAGAGUUCAGGGACUGGAAUUGCAAGAGUAUUUUCAUGCGUGUUGAAGAUGAACUGGAAAUCCCACCGGCACCUCAGUCUCAUCAUUUUCAAAACUGAACUCAUCACCCUUCUUCCCCCACCACCACCACAACUGCUCCUUCUCCUGUAUUCCUGAUCUCCGCCAGUGGCACUGAUAUCCACCCAGUUACUCAAGCCAGAAACUCAGCAGCCCUCCCAAACUCUUCCCUCUCUCACUCCUUAUAUCCUGUCUGUCUUGGCUUUCACAGUCUGUCGGCUCUAACCUCCUGAGCCACUAGGCAUUCGGUAAAUGUAACUCACCUCUUCUUGCUUCUCCCAUGGCUGUCUCUUAGUUUGGAUCUUUGUGAUUUCUUGCCUGGACACCUGCAAGAGUCUUAACUGGCCUCCUUGCUUCCAGUCUUAUCCUCUGCCAGUAUUUCUUUCAUACUGACAAAAGAAUGAUCUUUCUAAAUUGCAAGUCUGAGCAUGUCACUUCCCCGCUUGAAUUUCUCCAGUGGUUUCCCACCAGCAUCAGGAUAAAGUCCCAGAUCUUUAGCAUGGCAUACAAGGUCCUUUAUGAUCUGGCCCUUGCUUUCCUCUUCAGCCUCAUCUGUCUCCCAACUCUUGCACAGACGCUGGUCUUGGGCCACAGUGAAUGGCUCACCGUUCCCAGAUGCUUUUGUGAGCCUCGGUGCCUUUGCACGUACUAUUUGCUCUGCAUGGAAUGCCCUUCCCCAUUAUCAUCAGCACUUGUACAGUCUACUAACGCCUCUUCAUUCUUUUAUACUCAGCUUCCUUUCUGAGUUUCUCCCAAGCUGAGUUAGAUGUUUCUCCUCUCAGCUCCCACAGUAUUCCAUGAAUACCUACAUUACGUUUAUUGUACUGUGUUAUAAUUGUUAAAAACUUGUCUGACCCCCUUGUAGAAUGUGAGCUCUUUGCGAGCAGGACUGUGUCUUCCUCAUCUCUGUAUCCCCAAAGCUUUGCACAGUGCCUUGCACAUAGUAGGUUUUCAAUAAAUGAUUAUUAAAUAAAUAAA